CACGCACAAUGAAAAGGAAAUUUUCGUAUAUGUAUAAAUAUACACUCACUUUACCAACGUAGACUUCAUCAUUUCACUUUGACAUAAGAUUAGCUCCUCGUUGUAUGAAUAUCAUGCCUUCAAAUCAUACCAAAUUCUCAAGUUUGGUUUUGUUGUUUGUUUUUCUUUUUCUGAGAAAUGCAGACUGUGGGCAAAUUGUGCGGACAUUGCCGGGAUAUACCGGUACUCUUCCUUUCAAACUUGAAACAGGAUAUGUGAGCGUGGGGGAUUCAGAGCUCUUCUACUUGUUUGUGGAGUCGCAAGGAAAUCCUGAAGUAGAUCCUGUUCUUUUUUAUGUAGUUGGAGGCCCUGGUUGUUCCGCCUUAAAUGGUUUUUUCUUCCAAACUGGUCCACUACAGUUUAAUCAAACUGACUAUACUGGUGGCUUGCCAUCAUUACAUUUGUAUCCCUACACAUGGACAAAGACUGCCAGCAUAGUUUUUGUAGAUUCACCUGUUGGCUCUGGUUAUUCCUAUGCAUCAACCGCUGCAGGUUUCGUCCUCUCAGACUCUAAGUUUGCAAAUCAAACUUACAAUUUUAUGAGAACCUGGUUGAAUGAGCAUCCUCAAUACAUCCCAAACCGAGUUGUCCUUGCUACUGAUUCUUACUCUGGUAUUGUUGCUCCAAUUGUCGUUCAAAAAAUAUUGGAAGAUAAUAAAGCCGGAGUUGAGCCAUCAAUAAGUAUACUAGGAUACAUAAGUGGAUCACCACAUUCAGAUCUUGAACUUGAAGUCAAUGAUGAAAUGCCACAGGCUCAUCAGCUGGGACUUAUAUCUAAAGCUAUUUACGAAUCAGCCAAAGACUACUGCAACGGCUCUUACGUUGAUUGGGAUUCCACUACCAUCAGUGCGGAUUGCGAACAGUAUUUGGAAAUAAUAGAUAAUUUAACGGAACAAAUAAAUGGAGAAAUGGUGUUGGCUCCCAAGUGUGCUACAAUAAAACCAAAAUCAGAUAACGAUAGAAGGAAGAGAAGAUUUUUAAAUGAAAUUUCAAAACAUUAUCGCCUUCCACCUGGAGCAAAUGACUAUUGGUGCAAGGAUUUUGCUUAUCUACUCUCUACUAUAUGGGCAAACGAUAAAGGUGUUCAAAGUGCUCUGCAUGUCCGAGAGGUAUUAACAUAUAUUCAAGAAUAG